AUAACUCAUCUGAUAUCUGUCAAAUUAAUAAACAGUUUUGAAUAUAAAGUUGUUUAUUUUUCAAAACGAUGUUUAAUUAAUGCGAAAAUAGAUAAAACGUAUUAAUUAUAAAAUGAAUGAUAUUUGUCGAACUUGCUUAAGCAGUUCCAAUCUUUCCCCAAUGGAAAAUUAUGAAAGUCUAACCGAAAAAAUUGAAGCGAUAUCUACUGUUAAAGUAGUAUUAGAUGCCCCAAAUUUCCCCACAGUAGUAUGUGAUGAAUGCGUUAAUAAGAUAAAUAUUUUCUAUUGUUUUCAAAAAGUUAUUAUAAAUAGUGAUAAGGUGCUUAAACAAAAAUGUGCUAGCAUUCUAAAUCAAAGUGUUGAUAAAAAAAAUAGUUCAAAAAUAAGUAAAAGUGUUAAUUGUGAUAAGUCUGAUAAUAAGAAAACUACAAUAAAAAAAAUCAAAAGUAGUCCAAUAUGUACAUCAAAGUUAGAAGAUAUUAAAAUUGAAACUGAGCAAGAUAUAAGUAGCUUCAAUGGAAUAAUUAAUAAGGAAGAAGUGUUUAUCGAAGAAAAACCUGAUAAAGAAGACACUUGUGUAUCUUUAAAAGAUAAAAAGCUAAAAUGUAAAAGUUGUAUGCUAGAUUUUACUACAAAAUCAGAAUUACUGGCUCAUAGGAAAACUUUUCAUAGAACAUUUAAAAAAGAAAAAUCUCUCUAUUGUAAUGACUGCAACAUAACAUUUACCUCCCAAGCGAAAUUGUUAAAUCAUAAAAGGAACACCCACACUGCACCUGGUAUAUGCAAUAUUUGCGGAAUGAUAGUAAGAGCAGAUAAUUUAAAAAAACAUGUGCAGAGGCACUCUGAAGAACCUGCAAACUGUAAUAUAUGUUUGAAAGUUUUGAAAAAUUCAGAGUCAUUAAGAGGCCAUUUAUUGAUACACAAAGAUACUUUAUAUGGAUGUCAAGAGUGUAAUAGAACAUUCAAAUUGAAAUCAGAAUAUAACAGACACUUGAAAAAACAUACUGAUCCAAAUAUUCGUAAAAAAAUGUGUAAGAUAUGUGGGAAGUAUGUACGAGACAUCCACAGACACCUUUUAACACAUUCUGGAGAACGACCUUUCCUCUGCCCUUACUGUAACAAAGGUUUGAAAAGUUCUUAUGCCCUUAAAUUACAUAUACGUCAACAUACCAACGAAAAACCGUUUACAUGCGAAUUCUGCAAUAAAGCAUUCGCUCAGAAGAUAUCGCUAUUGGCACAUUUGAAAUCGAAAGCACAUACAGAGGAAAAAAAGUGAAUUUUGAAUUUAUAAGCUGCGGUUUUUCUAAUAAUCUUGUCGUUUUUAAAUUAAUUGCAAUAGUUUUGGUUUAACUUUCAAGUUGAUGAAAAGGUACCCGGGUAUCCAUUUCAGUUUUGCUGAACCAGUUUAUUAAUUUUUUAUCAAGAGAGUUUUAUGACCGCCCGGAUCCCCAAAAUUGAAGUAGUUUGCCAAUCUUCGUCAUAUCAAAGUUGAUACCUCCUUAGUUCAAUAACCAGGUACCCGGGUGCCCACUGAAGUUAUAAUGUAUAAAGAUUGGUUUUAUGCAGAUUGGAGAGACUGUUCAUUAAAGUAUUGAGGUAA